AUGGCGCCUCAAUUCAACCCCAAUGAUUUCUCCCGCUUUGUCAACUUUGACAUCUUCGAGACUGUCUACAAAGUUGUCCGGAGCCACGAGAUUGCCUGCCACGUCCUCGUCCCAAAGGCGUUAGUAGAACAAGCUCGAGAUACACCGACCAGCCCAAGGCCUAUAAUAUUCCGAAUCCAUGGCGGCGGCUUCAUUUCUGGCUCGAGUCUGUUCCCAGAUUUCUUCUCGCCCUGGCAUCUUCAGCUUGCGUCGCGUCACGAAGCCGUAAUCGUGAGGUGCGACUAUAGACUAGCACCUGAGGCCACAAUUGAUGAAAUCAUUGCCGACAUCGAUGACUUCCUGACCUGGACCCGCACUAAGCUCCCGGAAUUCAUCAGCGGCAAAGCGAAGAUUCAAGUGGAUACCACACGCAUCCUGUCGGCUGGAGACAGCGCAGGCGGUUACCUCAGCCUCAUUACCGGCCUGAAUCAUGCCUCUGAUGUUCGAGCUGUGACAGCAUCCUACCCCUUGGUUGACGCCAAAAGCCACCACUUCACUGAAGCUUAUGAAAAGCCAAUGUUUAGGUUCCCCCAAAUGCCGGCUAGCCUAAUAGAUGAGCACAAGGCUAAGCUGAAGAAAGGGGAAAUUCCUUCCAUCAUCUCGGCAGACCCCCAGGUCCAACGUGCCGCGUUGAUGUUCAGCUAUAUCCAGAACGGCAAGGUUGAAGAGCUCAUUCCCCUCAACCGGAGAGAUCUUUCCAUUCUGGACAAAAUUGAAGAUGGUGCCAGAUUUCCCCCAGGCGGCGUGUUUGUCUGGCAUGGCAAAGAAGAUAGCGUUGUGCCGGUGGAAGGCAGCAUCAAGCUAGCUGACAAGAUCAAGGAGCUGAACCCAGAUCUUACCUUUACGCUUGCUGUAUGUGAGGGUGAUCAUGGUUUCGACGCAACCUCGUCGAUUGAUGAGCCAUGGUUUUCUGAAGGGCUGAAGCCUUUGGUCUCUGCUUGGCUGGCGUAG